AUGCCUCGUAUCCCGCCCGCACUCGCCGGCGCUUUCCGUGCGGCUCGCGCGUCGUCGUCGGCAUCAACGGCGGCGCCGGCCCUUAGGACGCUGCAGCCCGCCACGCGACCCUCACUCCUCGCGCGCUCGCCCCUUCAAUCCCUGUCACUGUCGUUGACGCGCACUACCCAAACCGCUUUACCCAUCCCUGCUGCGACGUCAUCGGCAUCGGCACCUUCGCCUGUAUUGCAACAAGUACGGCACAGGACAUUUGGAACGGAGUACCAGCCGUCGCAGCUCGCUUGGAGGGCGGAAAAUAUUGGCGAGGAGGAAGGCGAAGGGCAGGAGGAAUCUGUCGCAUUGAGGGCCCAUAGACUUGAACCGAGUCCUACAAGUAACAUUACUCUAUCUCUGCUGUAA